AUGCGCUUCCUACACUUCACUACCGGUGCCCGUUGAUUGGCUGGAGAUAUCAAAGAGGAAAAUACGUUGUUUUUCUUUGACUUCUUAGCGCAUAAUUUAAAAACGAAACGAUGAUAAGAUGACGAGUUUCCGACUACUAAUGGACAGUUUUUAACCCACGCAGAAGGAUUAAGAAAAAUAAAAUAACAUACAGUGACAAAUGUGUUCCAUUUAUGAAGACGCGAACAUGAAGUCUGCUCAAUACGACAUAGCCAAGGCAAAGAGUAGCAUCGAGAAAGGCAUUCAAGUGGAAGAUUCACGUUCAAAAGACCCCUUGGCCCUCAAACCACAGUGUCCCCCUGCUGAGAAAGUAGCUAAGAGGCUCCCCUUCCAUGACAGCACCUUUGCAGUAGGAAACAACAAAGAAAAUCGAACCCUGAAGAAGCAUGAAAGGAGCCACAAGGAAGCGCUGGAGGACAGCGGCUACAUGUCUUUGUACAACAGUCCACUCGAAAAAGACUACAACCCCCCCAAAAGUUGGUCUUGGGGUCAAGAGGGCACAGGCUCCGGCUGCGGAGUGCCACUGUUGGCCUAUUCAACCCCUGUGGAUAAAAGCAGGCAGCAAGCGCUGACGUACUCCUGGUCGUCCACGCCCUGCCAGCACUACGCCACCCCCAACUUGCCCAUCUUAAAGUUCCAGCAGGCCGCGGGCGAAGCCCUCGCCAUGAGUUAUCGUGAGACAAAGAGGUAUGACUGGAGCAUCAUCUCCAAGGUGGCCAAGGACUAUCCCUUGCAUCAGGUGAUCGGACGCCAGAUGGGCCUGGAGUACGUCGACAUCUUUUCAUCUCUUCUGUCCAAGAACAUGGGAAGCAUCCUGGCCAACAUCCUGUCCCUGCUCGGAGACUUGGACCUCAUCAGGUGCAGGAUGGUGAGCGGCACGUGGAGGAAGAUAAUUUGUGAAGACGGCGCUGCUCUUAGAAGGUGUAAGCAAGCUGAGCAGAUGCUUCAGAAGAUUAGUUCUGUGAAGCGAAAAGGUUGCGAUCAGACGAGAGACCAGGUCGUGUCCAGGUUGGUGCUAUCCUCUACGCAGAAGGUGGCCUCGCCACACCCGCCAUCAACACCAUCUUUGUCGACAAGCUGCGGCAUCAAGAGACGCUCAGCUCCCGCACAGAAAAACAGCAAGUCUACCUCGCGCUUUAUGGACUUUGUGCAGGUGGCCAGCAGCCUGAAGCCGCAUGAGUCUCUGCGGCGAUGCAACCACUGUGGCUCGCCGGCCAUGCACAGAGCCGAGGUCCAGCGGGCCAGGUGCACACGGCCGUCCUGCCAGUUCGACUUCUGCACCCGCUGCCAGGAAGCCUUUCACGGCUGCGCCCCGUGCCGGGUGGUGGGGUCCUGGUCCAACUUGGCCAAUUCCAAAGAUGCCGUCCUUCCGGGGAGCGCCCGGAGCAAGAGCAAUGUGAGGAGGUUGUAAAGACACUUUAAAUAUUGUGUUUUUGUUCAUAUUUUAAUAUGCACUAGUUGUAAAUAUUGCCUUUCAUAGCGUUCUAAAAUAUUUAUUUUUAGAUGUAAAUAGUUGCUUGGGUUUUUACUGUACCGACAUGCUUCUUAAAAGAUGUAUUUUUCAAA